GAGGCCGUCUUCUCUGAGAGAACCGUUUCGACAUGGCAACAGAAUGAGGAAAUACUGCAGGUGAAGACGGGCUCUUACUUUGGAGCAACACCAGAGGACAUCACGAGCAAUCUUGGUUACUUUAUCUGAAGUGGCUUCAGUUAUGAGUAAUUAUCAAAAUCCAAGUGAUCUUGAUCAUCUCCAUGGAUUUCUCAUUUCACAGUAUCUUGUCAACCGGCAGAACCACAUCAGGCCCGGAGCCCAGCGGUGAUGCUGGCGAUGCAGCACUACAACUCCUCGGGCAUCAUCGCCCCCUUUCCCCUCUCUAACCUCACCGCCAUGGUGCAGGAGCCUGAGGUCGAGGCACAUAAUGCCACCCGUCCAACGAACAAUCCCACAGCUGCCGGCCUCACCAUGACUCUGGGCAUCCUGUUCAACGUGGUGGCCCUCAUCAUCCUCGCCAAGGCUUACAACCGCUUCCGCCGGCGGUCAAAGGCCACGUUUCUGCUCUUUGCCAGCUCUCUGGUGGCCACAGACCUGGCUGGACAUGUUAUCCCUGGAGCCCUCGUACUGAGGAGAUACUCAGCAGGCACUGGUUCUACAUCUGAUGCCUUCAGUUUUCAAGAUGAUCCUGCAAAUCCGGACAACUCUUGUCUGUUUCUGGGAGGUUGCAUGGUGUUCUUUGGUCUGUGCCCCCUCUUCCUGGGCUGCGCCAUGGCUGCUGAGCGUUGCCUGGGCGUCACCAAGCCGUUGCUGCACGCUCGUCUGGUGACCACAGCACGGACAAAGAUGGCCCUGACCCUGAUCUGGCUACUGGCUUUAUUUGUGGCCUUUCUGCCCUUCUUCAGACUGGGUGCCUACACUCACCAGUACCCGGGGACGUGGUGCUUUAUCAGGGUGAUGGAGGGCACAAGGGCGACAGAUCUGGCUUUUGUGAUGCUCUUCUCUGGGCUGGCUUUGAGCUCUCUGGCCCUGGCCUUUGUGUGCAACACCAUCAGUGGGAUCACGCUAGUGAGAGCCCGGCUAAAGAAGAGGUCCAGCUCCCAGCGCUGCUCGGCCAGGUCCCACGACACUGAGAUGGUGGUCCAGCUGGUUGGCAUCAUGGUCACCUCCUGCAUCUGCUGGAGCCCUCUGCUGGUCUUUGGGCUGAUGUCAGCCACACGGUCCUACAGUGGCUCCCUGAGCAGCGACAGAAACACUUACAGGGGGCUGAUGGUGACGGGGGUCAGGAUGGCAACCUGUAACCAGAUCCUGGACCCGUGGGUCUACAUCCUGCUGCGACGCGCCAUCCUCAGGAAGAUCUACCGCAUCACUAAAAAGCAGGCCAGUUUCAAGGGAAGCACGUUCCGCUCCGUUCGCUGGGAUGUCAGCUCCUUUCAGAACUCAGAGAAAAACAGCGUUAAUAAGAUUUAAUGGGACUUAGAGAGGAAGAAACUGGAUGUGUCCACUGUCACUUUCUAAGAGACUCUCUGUCACCUGCCAGUGGGAUCAUCUCUGAGCCCAACAGUGCGUCAUCUGGAUUAUAAUUCAGUCUUAAAAGGUCUCAGUGAAAGAGUUUUCUCUCUUGGCUGUUGGGAAUGAAAGCUACUUUGGUUCUUGUGUAUUAAGUAUUAUGUGUCGAUGUGUCGUUACAGAAUGUUCCAGAUUUGAAAAAUCACUGACCAGCUAAUGAUAACGUUUGUGUUGUUGUAGGUAUGAGUACGGACUAUAAACUGCUCAUAGUGUUGAUCAGAAUGCAUCAUGGCCCGUGCUGCAUUCUGGACUUAUUUGCACAGAACAUGUUUGCAUGACAGUCUGUCCUCUAUGAGAGCAGAUGUAAUAAAAAAACAAAAGAUUUUGUCAGUUGGCGUGUAAACUUAUUUUUGAGGACAAUCUAGUCUUAAAACAAACAUCUCAGCUCAAAAGCAUCGUCUGCAAAUGUGCCGUUUUUGUUGUCUGACAUAAUGUAAAAGUCAAUGACUUGUGUAAAUGCUCCCAUAAGAGAGCAAAAGAAAAGGCUGUGCUUUUACCUCAGCUUGAAGAUGUGAAGAACACCCUGCGUGUGUCCAAUGUAGUGCUGUGACAUGAAUGUGAACAUGUGUCUUGAUCGUGCGUUUGUGAAUGUAUCUGCAGCAUUUUCCCGGGGACUGAUGUGAAGCUAUGUGUUGCAAAAGGGAAUGCGAGAUUGCAUAGGCUAAUA